CACGUUGCACGUCAGGAAACGUCACCCGGCUGGAGCACCCUGGGAUGUGUAGUGCUCUUGGGCGACGUCAUCUUGCUUUACCUGAGGAGAGGUUUGGGCCCGGACUACAAGUCCCGGCAGACAGUUCGUCCCUCUGGUAGCUAUUGAAGCCGGCUCCUGUGAGCAGAGCAGUCUCCGAGAAGUCAGCAUGUCCGGGAAGGUAAAGGUUCGGGCGGCCGCCAAUGCGGACUCUAUGGUCGGGGCCGUGUCUGUGAAUGAGAGGAUCCUGAGAGACUGCCAUAACCUGUACACCGACCCGGAGAACGGGCUCAUCGCUCUCGCCUCUCACCUCGGCCUCACGUUCUUACCUCCGAGGAAGAAGAUCACGGUGAUGUUAAUGGGGAACCACUCCGCCGGGAAGAGCAGCUUCAUCAACUGGUACAUAGAGGAGCACAUACAGCGCACCGGCGUCGCCAUAGAAACUCAAGGCUUCGCGUUCAUUACAAGCGGCCGCAAGAGAGAGUCUCUGACGGGCGAUGCCACCCUUCACCUUUACCCUCACUUCAAGCCGCUGCAGACCUUCCAAGGUGUGUCCGAAUACCUGUGCACCGAGAUCUCCACCUCACGGCAGAAGAAGUUUAGUCUCGUGACCUUCGUGGACACCCCGGGCCUGGUGGAUGGCGACAUGAAGUAUCCCUUUAAUGUAAAUGGGGCCCUCCUGUGGCUAGGGGAGCUCUGCGACCUGGUGCUGGUUUUCUUCGACCCGAUGGGUCAGGCGCUGUGUAAACGCACCCUGGAUAUCGUGGAGAAGCUCAACGAAAGCCACGGAGACAAACUGCGCUUCUACCUGAGCAAAGCGGACGAGGCCGGAAGUGAGAGUGACCGCCAGAGAGUUCUGAUGCAGAUUGUCCAAGAGUUGUGUAAGAGGCCCGGGCUGAACAAGUGUGGGUUUGACAUGCCGACCAUCUACAUCCAGAACCCCAAUAAGCCGAGUCGCUGCGUCAAUCAGAUUGAAGAUGUUUGUAAAGCUAUUGAGAAAACCAUCACCCAGACGUUGCAGACCACACUCAACACUCUCGGGAGAGACUGCCAGAGACUGAGCGAGAGCAUCGAGAGCAAACUACAGGAGGAUGAUGACACCGUGUGGAGUAACAGACGUGCCCGUGUCCGUGGCUGUCUCUUUGGGCUGACAGCCUGCCUGCUUCCGGUCUUCCUCUUCGCCUCCAUAUUGUUUGGUGCCAUCCCCCGCAGCUUCUGGCUGAGUCUUCUCGGGUUGUCAGGGGUGGAGACCCUCGAGAUCUACCUGUCUCCCCUGCAGACCCUGUGGUCGAUGGUCCCGGAGGACUACGUGCUCUACACCUUCCUGGGGCUGCUGCUCCUCAGCCUGAUCUUCCUGUUCGUGGCCCAGAGAUGUUUCAGAACCCGUGAGACUCUUACCAAGAAAGAAAGACGCUAUCUGAUGGACCGCCGCUGCUAUGUCACCGAGGUCGUGGAGCACAAGAGGAAGCAGCUGUACGAGGAUUACCUGAAGCAGAGCGUGGGCGAACACGACAUGAUCUGAGGAGCCCCUGCUUUAACCCCUACCAUGCCACGGGGGACAAACACAAAACACUAUCAGCCGCAGUAACCCCCACAAUCCCUGCUCCGAUCAUGUCACCCAGCACUGGCCGCCAUACUGGCCACUGAGGAGUUUACAGUAUUGUCCUGAAGGCAAAUCCUCUCACCAGCAAUAACUAUUGAUCAGGACGUCUCUCCUUCCUCUUUAAUUACAAAUCACGGACGGGGAUGCAUUUUUUAAUACUAACUGCACCCCUCCCACCCUCCAUGUCUGGACCUGUCUGCCUGCGUGACCGAUUAGAGCAAGAAGUUACCCCCCCCCCCCAGGAUAGAUUUACAUCUGCAUCACCCAUCGGUGUCCUGCAGGGGUUAGAGCCCCCCAAAAUGUACGAGGCUUUGCAGUGCCAGAAACUGCUAGAUGUAAUAUGUAUAAUCCAGAUGUAGCAGAGCUGAGUGUUACAUAGGACUGCAGGUGACAUCUACUACAUUAUCUUUUCACUGUACAUAUUCAGCUCUGCUACAUCUGUGUACCGUAUAGUUUGCUGUAUCAUGUGUCGAUUUAUACUCCCUUGAUGCUUGGCUCCUGUAGACGGAUCAUGGUGCUCUUACAUAAGCUGAGGAACGGCGCCGGACUCUGUUUUUUGCGCUUUGUUCGGUGCCUUUUUUUUAUUGUUACAAAUGUGAACUGUGACUGGGAUUCUUACACUGCCAGUAUCGAGCAGCAGGGGGCGCUCGCUCUGCACUCCAUGUUACAUCCCCCUCCCCCCAUCUGAUCUCAUCCAUAUUCUUCCAUUUUUGUACAAGAGAAUAAAUAAGUUA